UUGGGUCCGGCCUUGGGUCUGUCCGUCCGGCCGUCCGGCCUUGGGUCGGUCGGUGCGGCCAUGGGGCAGGACUACUACGCCGACCUGGAGGUGACCAGGAACGCGCAGGACGCCGACAUCAAGAGGGCAUACCGGAGACUGGCCCUGAAGAACCACCCGCACAGGAACCAGGAGCCCGGGGCCGCCGACAAGUUCCGGCAGGUGGCCGAGGCCUACGAUGUGCUGAGCGACCCCCUGAAGAAAGGGAUCUACGACAAGUUUGGCGAGGAGGGCCUGAAGGGAGGGAUCCCUUCGGAGUUUGGGAGCGAGGCCGUUUGGACCGAAGGUUACGUGUUCCACGGCAACGCGGAGAAAGUCUUCCGGGGAUUCUUCGGGGGAGACAACCCUUUCAGCGAAUUCUUUUCUGCCGACGGCUCCGAGGUGAACGUGAGCUUCGGGGGGCUGCGAGGCCGUGGGGUGAAGAAGCAGGAUCCCCCCAUCGAGCGAGACCUGUACCUCUCCCUGGAGGACCUGUUCUACGGAUGCACCAAGAAGAUCAAGAUCUCCCGGAGGGUGAUGAACGCCGACAGAUGCUCGUCCACCAUCAGAGACAAGAUUUUGACGAUCGACGUGCAGCCAGGCUGGAGGCAGGGCACCCGCAUCACUUUUGAGAAAGAAGGAGACCAGGGCCCCAACAUCAUCCCGGCCGACAUCGUCUUCGUCGUGAAGGAGAAGCUGCACCCACGUUUCCGGCGCGAAGAUGACAACCUGCUGUUCGUGAGCAGCAUCCCCUUGGGGAAGGCUCUGGUUGGCUGCACGGUGGAGGUGAAAACCUUGGAUGACCGACUGCUCAACAUCCCUAUCAAUGAUAUCGUGCACCCCAAGUAUGUCAAGCUGGUCCCAGGGGAGGGGAUGCCCCUGGCGACGGACCCCGCCAAGAGAGGAGACCUGUACAUUUUCUUCGACAUCCAGUUCCCCAGUCGCCUCACCCCCGCCAAGAAGCAGCUGCUGCGGCAGGCACUGCCCACUUGAGCAGAGAGGAAGGGGGUGGGCCCGUCACCCCUGCCCUCCCACGCGCAGCUCCCCCCGGCCCUGGAGGCCGCAGACUCGGCAUGGCCCAUAUGAUAAAAUUUCCUAUCUGUUCAUCACCGUCUGCGACCCUGGCGAUCGAUGAUCGGAUGGAAACCAAGGCUGUGGGUGGAAGGUGGAGGGGAGGGAGGAAGGGAGAGAGAGAGAGAGAUAGAGAGAGCGCAUGCAGAAAGAGCUGCAAGGUCCCCAGCUCUGAGCCAACCACCUGUGUUAUCCCGCUGGCAGCACCUCAGCCCUUGAAGGGUGCAAGCAACUGCCCCAUCAGCCCAGUCCCUUGGGUAUUGGGGGGCAGAAGCUGUCCCCACCCCCCCCACCCCAAAAAGAGGGCAGGACCAGGCAUCUAGUAGGAGAGGGGCAGGAAGCUAGGGAGCCCUUUCCCCACUUGAGCUCGAGCAUUCAUAAGUCUGGAAGUCAUAAGGCCUGGUGUGUAAUCCUAU